AUGGGUUCGAAGAGCGAUGGGGUGGAAGCGAAAGUGGAGAGAGUGUUCAUAGGAGCAGGUUGUAACAGAGUGGUGAACAAUGUUUCGUGGGGCGCCUGUGAUUUGGUUUCUUUUGGUGCUCAAAACGCCCUCGCCAUUUUCUGCCCAAAGAUUGCUCAGAUUUUGACGACACUUCCUGGUCACAAGGCUUCAGUUAACUGCACUUAUUGGCUUCCGAAUUCCAAGUUUGCUUUCAAAGCUAAGGAUAUGGAGAGGCAUUUUUUGCUUUCUGGAGAUGCUGAUGGUGUUAUUAUUUUGUGGGAGUUUUCUACUGGAGACAAGAAGUGGAGGCAUGUCUUACAAGUACCGCAACCACAUAAGAAAGGUGUCACGUGCAUUACUGGAAUCUUGAUGUCAACUAAAGAUGCAAUGUUUGCAUCAUCCUCGUCUGAUGGUACUGUAAAUAUUUGGGAUUUGGUCUUUCCCUCCUCUAGUGAAGGGGACCGUAAGCUUUCAUGUGUGGAGUCUCUUUCGAUUGGUCCAAAGACCAUGGUUACUCUUUCACUUACAGAAUUGCCGGGAAAUUCAGGUCAUCUAGUCCUGGCUAUGGGAGGGUUGGAUAAUAAGAUUCAUUUGUAUUGUGGCCAGAGAAGUGGGAAAUUUGUUCUUGCAUGUCAGUUAAAAGAGCAUACUGAUUGGAUUAGAAGUUUGGAUUUCUCCUUUCCUGUAGAUGGAGAUGGUGAAACAUGUAUAUUACUUGUCAGUUCAUCUCAGGACAAAGGUAUACGCAUAUGGAAGAUAACAUCGCGUGACGUUUUGGCGAAUGAUAACAAAUCAGAAAUCAGCUUAAUUUCUUAUAUCAAAGGACCAGUUUUUUAUGCUGGCUCAUCAUCAUAUCAGAUUUCCAUGGAAUCUUUGCUCAUUGGGCAUGAGGAUUGGGUCUACUCCGUGGCAUGGCAGCCUCCUUUGAUGAGCAAAGAGAAUGAAUGUUAUCAACCUCAAAGUUUAUUAUCUGCUUCCAUGGACAAGACCAUGAUGAUCUGGAAACCUGAAAAGACUACUGGUAUCUGGAUUAAUGUUGUUACUGUUGGUGAAUUAAGUCAUUGUGCUCUAGGAUUCUAUGGUGGGCAUUGGAACCCAAGUGGAGAUGCUAUCUUGGCUCAUGGCUAUGGUGGAUCUUUCCAUCUGUGGAAAGAUGUAGGUGUUACUUCUGGUGAUUGGAAGCCGCAAAAAGUACCCUCUGGGCACUUUGCCCCCGUGUCAGACAUUGUUUGGGCCAAAGGCCAGGAAUAUGUCUUGUCUGUCAGUCAUGAUCAGACUAGCAGAAUCUUUUCUCCUUGGGCUGAAAAAUCUUCCUUAGAUGAUUUAGGAAAUUGGCAUGAAAUUGCUCGUCCUCAAGUCCAUGGGCAUGACAUAAACUGUGUUACCUUUAUUGAAGGAAAGGGAAACCAUCGUUUUGUGAGUGGUGCAGAUGAGAAAGUAUCAAGAGUUUUUGAAGCUCCUCUUUCCUUCUUAAAAACUCUAAACCAUGCAGCUUCACUGGGAUCUAGUUUCUUUGAUGAACUAAAAGGUGAUGUGCAGAUUCUUGGGGCUAAUAUGUCUGCUUUGGGGCUAUCACAGAAACCUAUAUAUACUCAAGUUGCACCUGAGACGAACGAUAAAAAUACUAAUGAUGGCCUAGACACACUAGAAACAAUCCCAGAAGCUGUUCCAGUCGAAUUUACAGAACCUCCUAUUGAAGAACAGCUAUCAUGGCAUACACUAUGGCCAGAGUCCCACAAGCUAUACGGUCAUGGAAACGAAUUGUACUCAUUGUGCUGCGACCACAAGGGAAAGCUUGUAGCUUCUUCAUGCAAGGCGCAAUCUGCAUCUGUAGCAGAAAUCUGGCUCUGGCAAGUUGGUUCUUGGAAAUCUGUUGGCCGGCUGCAUUCUCACAGUUUGACAGUGACACAGAUGGAGUUCUCUCGUGAUGACGAUUUUCUUUUGGCCGUCUCUAGAGAUCGCCACUUUACUGUUUUCUCAAUCAAAGAGCAUGGGCCUGAUGAAGUCUCGUAUGAACUUGUGACGAGGCAAGAAGCACAUAAAAGAAUAAUAUGGGCUUGUUCGUGGAAUCCUUUUGGUCACGAAUUCGCUACAGGUUCUCGGGAUAAGACAGUGAAAGUCUGGGGAUUGGAGAAUGGAAGUUCAGUUAAGCUGCUUCUGACACUGCCACCAUUCAAGAGUAGCGUCACUGCGCUAUCCUGGAUGGGCAUUAGUCGCCAAAGAAACAACGGGCUUCUCGCCGUUGGAAUGGAAAGCGGUUUGAUUGAACUCUGGAGUCUAUCUCACAAGUCAGGUGAUGCAGCAACUGCAGCAUGUGCGGUACAGUUUGAUCCAUAUAUGUGCCAUGUUUCCCCAGUUCAUCGGUUAAAAUGGAAAACACCAGAAAAGAGUAAAGAUUCUAGUGGCAUGCAGCUUGCCUCCUGCGGAGAUGAUCAUUGCGUAAGAGUGUUCAAAGUUGAUUUGGUUUAA